UCGUUUUGUUCACAAGUCUGGCUUUGAAUUAUGCUAGGCCCGGGCCGUGACACCGAUUUAAUUAACACCGCCUCUCCGGCACGGUGGAGUCGCCACAACAAGCACCCCAACUUGACGGUUGCUACGCGUUUCUUACGGGUUGCUAGUAGCAAGCAUGGCUAAUCGCAGCAUUUACUCCCUGAGCGUCAUUUAAGUGCUAUAAUGAAACCUUUCAAAUCGGACGAGGAGAAAGCGGAGCAUCUGAAUGUUUACCAGAAACAAUUGAGACAGCCACCCAACCAAAGCCUACAGCAGCUCAGCGACGCUCUGGAACAUCUCCACCACGAUGACAAUGAGGAGGAAGAUCCUGUCAGAUGUGAGGAUGGGGACGGUCGCAGCGAUGGCACCCUGGCCUCGACAAUGGAGAAAAAACGGCCUCGGUGGAGCCACAAGAAACAGAGUGACGCAGUCAAUCAACUGAAGAGUCUCCUGUUAAAGCAGGGCAGGGAGAUGCCUGCUCCUCUCUCGCCUCCAAAGGACUUGGUCCCGGUGACUCACAACCCGCCAGACUACAUCCAGCACCUGGAGGCUGAGGUCCAACUCUGCAAGGAGGAGCAGCAGGGGCUUAAACAGCGCAUCCGAGUGGUGGUGGUGGAGAACGAGAAACUGCUCGCCGAGCUCAAAGCCACACAUGCGGAUGCGUCUCCCAAGGACCAUAACACGGUGAACGAAACUAUGGCAGGCGACAGUUACGUGGCCAAGCAUGGGGAAAGCUACACAGCGUGGAAGCAUGAGCUGGAGCAAUUGAAGUCGAUGCAUCAGGCCCAGAUUGAAAGACUGGAGGCUCAGGUCCUCUCCCUCAGGAGGGAUCUGUCUCUCAGUCAGAAUGAGUGCCGGGUGCUGACCGGCCGUCUGAGACGCAGCGAGCAGGAGGUGGCGGCAGCGCUGCAGGCCGGCGGCGCGCAGCGUGUGGCCGGCUUGUGUCUGCAGUGCGCGCAGAAGGAGGCGCUAUUGGCUUGCACGCCCGACAACGUGCACGUCCAGAUUGUUGACCGACUCACCAAGGAGCGUGACGAGCUACUGACGGCUCUGAGUGCGGCACGGUCCGCUCAGCAGGAAAUGCAGCACCGGGAGUGGUCGGCUUGUUUGCAAGUCAAAGGCGCCGUUGAGAUGGCCGAGGAGGCCCACCUGCACAGAGCUGAGGUAGAGGUGCAGUGCCAGCAGUUGUCCAGGGAACUCGCCCGGCAGACGACACAGCGAGAACAUGACGCGCAAUCCCUGAAGGACAGACUGGCCGAGGCCAGAGAGGAAGGACGCACCGAGGGCCGUAGGCAGAAGGAAGAGCUGGCAAAUACGGUGGCCUGGCUGUCCCAACGUUCCGCCGAGCUGGAGGGGCACCUCGACAGACUCCACUGCGACAAGAGCUCGAUGACCAAUCAGCUGGAAGAUGUGCAGCGACAUCUCGCCAGUGUGGAGCAAGAGAACAGCAAAGUCUGUGCGGAGCUCCAGUAUCAACUCAGCAAUGCUAAACUCAAGAAAGAGGAGGCUGAGCGAGAACUGCAGGACCUCAAGUCCAAGAGCAGCAGGCAGCUGGAGAAAUCCACACAGGAAGUGGAAAAGCUGAGCUCUGAGCUGGUUGGCUGUCGGCAGCGUCUGGAGGCUGUCCAAAGGGACGGCGGCCAAUGGCAGGCCGAAGCCCUGAGCCUGGCCGAACAGCUGGCGAGCGCCCAGCGCCAACUGCACCUCACCAGAGAAGCCAGCGAGACGGCGGCGAGAGCUCACGAGGACGAAAUGGCGUGCGCUGCCCGUGCCUGGCGCCAGCGUGAGGGCGAGAUGGCGGCGCUGCUGCAGCAAACAGAGACGCAGCACCUGCAGAGAGCCGGCGAGCUGGACAAACUCCUGUCUUCCCAGAAUUCCCUCAUCAAGAAGCUGAAGGAGGAGUGUCGCACGCUGGGAGCCACGUUGGAGGAGCUGGCGGGAAACAGAAGGCGGGAAGUGGAGCAGCUGGCUGCUGUGAAUCACCACCUUCAGGACACAGUGAAGAAUAUGAGAGCACGCUGCUCCGACAUGGAGAAACAGUGUGUUCAGCACGGACGCGUGCACCACACCAUGAAGAACAGUGGAUGAAUCCUCCUGCGAGUUGCCCCGCGUGUCAACAUCUUUUUUUUUUCUUCUGCUUUUCGACAUGCCUGACCACAGUUUUUUUAGUUGCUGUUGUGGAUGGAUUUGCUUAGUGUUGAGUGUUUGCUGCUUGUGGGCCUUUAAAUGCCAAUUGAAACCGCUUGAAAAGGUUUUUAGGGUUACAACAAUAUUUUUUAAAAAUUAAUUGGGGUGUGGCUUGAUUUUGAACGUGGGUACACGAAGGCAGUGUCUGCCAGCGUUUGUUCUGCCAUGGCACAUAUUUUGAGAAAUGUGGAGGCACAUUACCAAAUCGAAAUAACUCACCUUUGUGUGAAAUUUGAGCCUGUUUAGUUGAAUGCAAAAUGAUCAUUUGGUAUGAAUGGCAACAGGGGGAUGCAUAGAUUCAUGGACGGAAUUGACACUCUCCUCUUUUGUACUGUAAAGAAAGAAAGAAAGAAAGAAAGAAAGAAAGAAAGAAAGAAAGAAAGAAAGAAAGAAAGAAAGAAAGAAAGAAAGAAAGAAAGAAAGAAAGAAAGAAAGAAAGAAAGAAAGAAAGAAACGACUCAAUGUCCAAGUUGAGUUGGCUUUGAUUUCACUUUUCAGUACAAAACGUGAACACUUACAGUUAGCCAUCAACAACCGUUCCAGCUGCAAUGACACAUUGAACGACAGCAGUGUGUGCGCUUGUCUCAGUCUUGGAGUCUCUGAAUGUUACUGCAUGUUACCCCCCCAAGGGCUCUUGAACGCAUCACAGCGUGCUCCAUCGCAGCGCCCCAAGGCCUUUCGAGAUGUAACCCGCUAACAAGGCGAGUGAGCGGACUUGUCGCCAUCCAGACCCCCCCCCCCCCCCCCGUUUUUUUUUCCUCCCCUCGCUGCAAUCUGUGCCGGGAAGAGCAAAACAUUUGGAAAAUCAGCUUGAUGUAUUUUUACUGGGCCAAGCCUGCUGCCAAACGACACAGGGGUUUCUUAACACACACUUCAUUAUUUAUUUGACUAUUUCGGUGUUGUUUACGUCGUGAGCAGGAAGGGGGGGGGGGGGUUGACGGCGUGGCCAAGAGUGGUUACAAACCAACAUGGAACAUAUUAUUAGAACACAUUGCUCAAUAAAUAGUGCUAAUGUUCUCAAUUAUAUUUGUUUGAUGCUUAUUAUUAGCUGUCUUGCGUCAAACUUGGAAAUUUUCACCUGAAAUAUUUUAUCGUAGUCACCAGGGAGUCGGAUACACAUCAAGCUAUUUUUCUUAGUUUUUUUUUAAGUUGAGUUUCAAAAUUUGUUCUACAUUUAAAUGAUAUGAUAUAUAAGUCCUUUACACUUGUUAUCCCUGUUCUUUAUUAUUCAACCUUUUCCGAACACUUUUUUACACUUAACUACUUUCACUAAAUUCAUCUGAUUCACCUCAUUCCAAUUUCAACAUAUUCCAAGUAUUCAUGUUUUUUCCAUUCCAUUUUCCCAAAAUUCACAAAUUUUCAGCCAAAGUGUUACCAUUCAUGGGACAUUGAACAUUUCACAUUUACAUCAAUCCCGUUUGGAAUUCACAUCAUUCAGCUAAUUCAAAUCCCAUUGGGAAAGGUUUUCAACAUUCCCAAACUUGCCAUGUUUCAAAAAUUUCACAUUUUCACCUUAAAAACAUGCACAAAAUUUUACUAAAUUUAGUUUUCCCCUUCUACAUUUUUUUAACAAUUCAACCUCUUCCAACUUUAAAUAGUUCAUCGUAUGCCUACCUAUUCCAAAACCUCCCAUUUACCAAAAUUACACAUUUUCAACUUUAAAAUUGGCGCAAAAUUUUGCAAAACUCAUUUUUCCCAUCUACUUUCUACAUUCUUGGACCGAUUCAACCCAUUCCAACUUUAAACGGUAAUGUUUUUUGUCACUUACUGUUUUUCUCACUCACUGCUUUUCUCGCUCACUGUUUUUCUUGCUUAAGAUAUUUCUUGCUUAAGUUUUUCCUUGCUCACAGUUUUUCUCGCUUAUAGUUUUUCUUGCUUACGGUUGUUCCCGCCUACAGUUUUUUCUUCCUACAUUUUUUUCUCGCUUGCGUUUUUUUUUUUUUUUUUUGCUUACUAAUUGUCCUUGCUUACUGGUUUUCUCACGUACUGUUUUUUCUCGCUUUCUGGUCUUUCUAAAUACUUAUAUAUUCACCUGCAGUUUCCUAAUAUCUUACCAAUUUAUACUGUUCGAACUUCAACAUUUUCAGUCAUUGUAUACCAUUUCCUGUCACUCAGUAUCAUUUGACAUCAUUCUGAAGCAUUCCCCAAGUUUUUAUUCAGCCUCUUCGACUUCACACGCAAUUUCUUCAGAAAUUGAAUCUCUAGCUGUUACAAAAUAUUGCACCACUUUUAUAAAGAUAAUUGGCAUUUAAUUUUUAAAAAGUGUUGUUUCUUUCAAAACAAGUGCUGAAUGUUAAGCAGUGUGAAACAUUGCAAAGAGCAGUAUAGCACAAAAUGUUUUAUACUUUAUAUAAAACAUUUUAUGUUACAAACAAUUAAAAUUUGUAGAACAUUAAAAGGUGGUUCAUAUUAUUUUGUAUGCUAGCCGUGGCUCAGUCAGUAGAGUGCCUUGUUUAAAAAACGGUAGGCGGUUCAAACCGAGCUCUGUCUGAGCCCAAUGAUGUAUUGUCCUGGGGCAAGACAAUUCACACACCUUGCCUCAUUACCCCUUGGCCAAUUUUAAUGCAUCUACAGAAAUAUGCAUUGAUUCACACUGCCCCUGUGAAAUAAAGAAAUAAAAUAAUACAAA